GGACUUGGCAAUUAUCAUCAUGGGAAAAGGAAACACAAGUUUGAAAUUUUACCAUAUAAUAGUGUAUUUUCCAUCGCUAACGGAAAUACAAAUCCGUGCGAAUACUGCAUAAAAACCUGAAUAAAACUGGAGCCUCCCGGACGCAAGUUAGCAACAUUUUGAUGGGAGACAUUAUUUUUCAACUGGAAGUGAAUUUCUCACGAUAAAAAUUGACACAAAAAAUUCAACCACAUGACCACUAGAGACUAAAGUCCUAAUUCUACACUGUUUUGAAUAAACCCAAUCAAUAAAAAAAUUACAAACCCAUAAUAUAUUUUCUUUCAAUUUUAUCACCAUUGCAGUUCAUCAAUACAUAUAAUAAUCAUUCAUAACAUCAUAGAAACAAUAUCCAUAAUAUAGUAGUUUAAAACUAUGCAACACUUUUUAAGUAUAUUUCUGUAAGUGAACUCUAUAGAAUAAAAAGAACAAAAAGAUAGAAACUGGAAAGUGCAGCCUUUAAACAUAAUAAUUAUAUAGUAUAGUCAAAAACAGCAGUGAGUAUAUAAAAUAUAUUCAUGUUAGAUUGGAUUGAUAGUUUUCUCUUCACAGUUAUUCAAUAUUAUAUAAUUAUUGAUUGAUAUAAUUUCAUAAAGGACUGAGCCAUACUUGAUGGAUUACCGAAAAGCGAUUAAAACUGCUCUGCAAGGGUAUGAUGAACAAACAAUAUCCUUGGAGCGGCAGCUCGCAAUUGCCAAUUCCGAACUCAAGAAAUGUGUUGAACUUCUCAAAAUCAGAGAGGAGCAGAUCUCAAGUUUGGAAUCAGUUGUGGAAGAACUGACAAGUAAUUCCUUGAAAAUGGAAGAAAAAAGAAAAAAGGAAGAUGACAUAACAAUAAGAGAAUUGAGAAUAGCAGUAAAAGAGAAAGAUGAUCAACUUGCAAGACAAACCGAGAGUAUUUCAAGUCAGUUACAGGAAAUUCGACAGAGUAAUAUAAUUUCAAUUCAGAAUAUCGUGAGGGAAUCGACCAGCCAGAUAAAUAAUUUGGAGAGUCAAAUAUUUCAGUUGAAGUCUGCUGAGCAGAGCUACAAGGACGAGAUUGAGAAGCUAAAAGAGACAUUGAAUAAAAAGGAAUUAGAAUUCAAGACGAAUAAAGAACACAUUUUUAGACAAGGAAAAGAAAUCACAAAGUUCAAGAAAGAUAUGGUGGAAAUUUGUGAAGUUAGGAGUAGUAUUUCGCAAAAGUUGAAGCAAUCUGAAGCAACAAUACAAAGUUUACAAGAGCAGAAAGUUGUAUUACAAGACGACAAUAAUCGUAUGAAAUGCGAAAUGGUCGAAAGAAUAAGAUCUCUGGAGGUUUUAUUAGAAGCUAAUAUGAAUCGGAAUCGAGAUUCGCAAUCACAGAUUAUGAAUGCUUUAAGUUUGGUGAGUGAGGACUGCUGCACGAUGAAGAGCUCUCUCAGACGAGUCUCAGGAGAAGCUUUUGCCGAGAGCGUGUCGAUUGGUGUACAAGUGAAGCUCAAUUUCGAUGACAUCUGUUUUGAAGAUACAAUCAUUACACUGAAAAGGAAAAUAACACAAAUGACGCAGAACGAGAUCCAACAAAGUCAACAGAUGCAGUUAAUGGGUUAUCAGCUGCAAGAUAUGGAAGAGGAAAACAAUAAACUGAGAGGAGUGGUUGGAGAUUUGAGGAGGAUGAAAUUGGAGGACAAGAAAGAGAAACAGGAGGAAGAAGAUGAAAGAAGGAUUCAAAGGAUUGAGGACGGUAUAGUUCGGUUGAAGUCGCACAUUGGAGUCCAAAAUAGCCAGGAGGCCCUCCCUCAUUUGCUCAACGAUAUACGGGGAGAGCUGGCCGAGUUGAAAGGGAAGUCCUGGUAUAAAGUUGUGAGACACCCUACUACUGCUGUUUGUGAUGCAAGAGAAGUAGAUCAUAGUGCAUCAUCAAUGAGCAUUCCAACAUGUGUUGUGCAACAUUCUUCUGAUCAGCUACCAACUCAUGUGCCCAGAAUGGAGGAGAGUUUAGCUAGGAGCAAACAGAGGAACCGAGUCAAAUUUGCUGGUCCUAUUCAAAAUAUGAGAAUUUCAUAGAAAUUUUCUUAAAGCCAAUAUUAGUUUAUUUCAGAAGUGAUGUUUUUACAGAUAAAAUACUACUGGAUACGAUACAUCUUCACUUACAGUACCCAAUAAUCUGUAUUAAUACAACAUUAUUAUGCAUUGUUAGGUGGUACGGGAGUAUUCAUAUUAUAAUGUAUCAUGCUUGUUUCAUAUUUUGAGUCUGGUUUCAGUGAAAUAUAUUUUUGAAAAAUGUGUCAACAUUGUGUCCUUAUAGUUUAUCCAAUAGCCUAGUCUACUCUUGUACAAACAAUUCAGUUGAUAAUGAUGCCAUGAAAUAUUUAUUCAAUAACUUAUUAUUGAAACUGAUAUCAGAAAAUUAGAAUUAGUAGUAGGUACGACAAAAAUACAGUAUAAUGUUAGUGAAAUCGCUCAUUCAAUAGCGAAUUUUUCAAGUAGGGGAACAUGCAAAACAAAUAGUUUGACUUGGACUAGACUUAAAAAUCACUCUAAAAUAAUAAAAAACGUGACUGUCACAUGCUGCAGGAUGUAUACAUUAUUAUCAAUGCCUGAAUUCAUAACUAAUGAUUAAUUCUUAAAAUUCUGAAAAUGUGAAUUAAAUUAAUGAAUUUUUUACACUGAAUAGACUGGAACAAAAUAUUUUCCAUGCUUCUUUAUCUUAAAAAACGGGCGUAAAGAAAUAAUAAUAGGGGUAAUUAAAAUUUUAAAAUAUCCAAUGAGUUUUUUUUUAAUUCCAUUUUUAUGAAAAGUAAAGCUAUUCGGAACUGAUAUGAUUGUUAUUGAUCCAUUUUCAAUCAAGAUGAGGCAAUAAUAUUGAAAAAUUCAAG